AUGAAGUUCCCAACUGUUACUGUUGCUAUGAGAUUUUCGCCAUCCUUUUCAUGUAAAAGUAGAUUCCUUCUUGGAAGUAUUUGUGCUUGCAUUAGCAAAGCAACUGGCUAUGUCACCUCAGCCAACAAUGUGCAAUGUCAGAAUCCCAAGAAUAAUUGGUUUUGUUUGUCUUGUAAGGACGUCCUCUGUGGUCGUUCUUUUUCGGGACAUAUUGAUAAGCAUUAUCAGGAGACAAAGCAUUGUCUUUGUGUCAGCUGCAGUACCAAAUUAAUUCUCUGUUUCUCCUGCCGUAACUUUCUAGAUGCUCAAGUGAUCCAACAAUUGUGGGCCAAGAGUCGAUCAUCUUCAGCCAAGCUCGAGAGCAUUGAUGCAAUGGUUGUUGAUGUUACUGAUCUCUUGUCCAAGCCAUUUCCUACCAUCAAUAAUCUCAGAUGUAAUCUUUCGGAAGAAACCUCUGCUUUCAUUAAAGCUCAAGAUGAGUUGAAGGUGGCCUCAGAGUUAUCAGCCUCGAUUACCCAGAAGUUGUUUGUGGUGAGGCAACAAACUUCGAAGUAUGAUGAGGUAAAGAAAGAAAUGAUUGCCUCAGACGAGAAAGUUGCCAACUAUAAGUCCACGAUCAAAGAGUUGGAGGCACAAAUCAAAGGGUUGGAAGCUUGUUUAGCCACAGAAGUAAACAACAGGAAAAAGAUUGAUGAGGUUAUCGAUUCGAUCGAGACACAAUUCACUACUGCGAGAGAUGGACUGGUCUCGGGCUUGGCACAAGUAUCUUCCAUGGAGGGAACGACCCAAGCCGCUUACCAGUUAGUAACUCGAAAACAGUCGCACUGGGAUAACCUAAAGAUUAUGUUUACUAGGUUUGCAAUUGCAAACGCCACCAUGAGUCGACAUCCUAGUGUGAAGUGGGCUCAGCAGCUUGAUACGCUUUACAUCACUAUUGAGUUGCCUGAUGCCCAGGAUGUAAAGCUUACACUGGAGCCUGAAGGAAAGUUUCUAUUCUCUGCUACAGCUGGAGCAGAAAAGACACCUUAUGUAGUUGAUCUUGAUCUCUAUGACAAGAUUGAUGUAAAUGAGAGUAGGUAUAGUGUUGGCUCGAGAAAUAUCUGUCACCUAGUGAAAAAAGCUGAAAAUAAAUGGUGGAGCAGAUUGAUAAAACAAGAAGGAAAAGCUCCUGGGUUCUUGAAAGUUGAUUGGGAUAAUUGGGAAGAUGAGCAAGUCCAUGAAUGAAUGAAAGAGCCUUAAUGCUCACUCAUGGAAUAAAACGUCUAAAGCUCAUAUAUACUCGUUCUAUUAUAGUCAGAGUAACUUA